CGGUCUUUCGUGUCAACGGAGAUUACCCAUUAGCUUGAUUCGCAAGAAAACCAAUCUCCGCUUCUGUGGAGAGAUUACUAGGGAGGCUGUUUCUGGGUCCAACGAUAUGACUAUUACUGAAGUUAGGGAAGAUGACGAAUCGGAGAUUGAAGCUCCGCUUCUCGAUCCUGAGUCGCUCUCAAAGCCUAGGAGAAUUGCUCUCUUUGUUGAGCCUUCACCGUUUGCCUAUGUCUCCGGAUAUAAAAACAGAUUCCAGAAUUUCAUUAGGUAUCUGCGUGAAAUGGGAGACGAGGUUAUAGUUGUGACGACACAUGAAGGUGUUCCUGAAGAGUUUUAUGGAGCCAAAGUCAUUGGAUCAAGAAGCUUCCCUUGCCCUUAUUACCAAAAGGUUCCACUCUCGCUUGCGCUUAGUCCAAGAAUCAUCUCUGAAAUUGCACGGUUUAAGCCUGACAUUAUACACGCUUCAUCUCCCGGGAUAAUGGUCUUUGGUGCUCUGGCAAUAGCAAAAAUGCUCUCUGUACCAAUAGUAAUGUCUUACCACACACACGUCCCUGUAUACAUCCCAAGAUACACUUUUAGUUGGUUGGUAAAACCAAUGUGGUCUAUAAUAAGAUUCCUUCACAGAGCGGCUGAUCUUACAUUGGUUCCUUCUGCUGCCAUUGGAAAAGAUCUUAUAGCAGCUGGUGCAACUGCAGCUAAUCAACUUCGACUUUGGAAUAAGGGUGUCGAUUCAGAAAGCUUCAAUCCCCGUUUCCGUUCUCAAGAAAUGCGUAUAAGACUAAGUAAUGGUGAACCAGAAAAGCCACUAGUGAUCCAUGUAGGUCGUAUCGGCGUAGAGAAGAGUUUGGAGCUUCUAAAGAGUGUAAUGGACAAAUUACCUGAAGCUCGGAUUGCUUUCAUUGGAGAUGGACCAUACAAAGAGGAUCUUGAGAAGUUGUUUACCGGAAUGCCAGCGGUUUUCACGGGAAUGUUGCAAGGCGAUGAACUCUCACAAGCUUACGCAAGUGGAGAUGUGUUUGUGAUGCCAUCAGAGUCAGAGACACUUGGCCUUGUGGUUCUUGAAGCAAUGGCUUCAGGACUUCCUGUAGUUGCGGCCCGUGCCGGUGGAAUCCCUGAUAUAAUCCCUGAAGACCAGGAGGGAAAAACCGGGUUUUUGUUCAACCCUGGAGAUGUCGAAGACUGCGUGACAAAGCUGAGAACUUUACUGCACGACCGUGAAACAAGAGAGAUCAUUGGAAAAGCGGCAAGAGAAGAAACAGAGAAGUAUGAUUGGAGAGCAGCAACAACAAAGAUACGCAAUGAACAAUACAGUGCAGCGAUUUGGUUCUGGAGGAAAAAGAAAGUUCAUGUUUUGGGACCAAUCAAUUGGUUGAUUAAACGACUGUUUCCAGUGCCGGAAGUUAACGUGUAGAAAAAGCAAUGAACGAAGAUUUGGUUUGGAAUGUGAAGAUUUGAUAGUUGGUGGUUUCUUUUACUGAAAAUCUUCUGUUGGGUUUAUGGUGUUUAUCUUAUACUUGGAUAAUUGGAUUGCUUAUAUAUGUUCAUGGAAAGGUUGACGUUGUAAAUUGUAAGAUAUGGUUUAAAACCUGGUUUGGACUUUGGCCUUUAGGGUUCUAGUUUUUUUUUUACAUCACUACUUUUGUGUUUUUAUUUAUAUGUAGUAAAAUCAUUGUUUUUUC